UCUCUCUCUCUCUCUCUCUCUCCUUUCUUUAUCCUUCUCUUCCUUCUCACUCACCCCUCUAACUCUCAUCUCUCUCUCUCUCUCUCCACCUUCUUCCUUCAUUCCACACACACUCACAACAAACUCUGUCCCUUCCUUUGUUCCUUUUCCUCUCUCUCUAACACAAACACACACAGACAUACAUAUAUAUACACACACACCAAGCACUUCUCUGAUUCCUCUUUCUACCCCCACCCCCAUCACCAAAGGAACCCUUUUUAUCAUCUCUUGUUACCAUUCUCAUAAAGGGUCCGUGUUACUUAUUACUGUGAGAAGAUCAUCAUUCAUCACUGUUGCUUUUUCCUUAGCCCUCUCUCUCUCUCUCUCUCUCUGGAUUUGUUUUUUUGAAAGUCUCUUUGGCUAUUGAGAUAAGACAGAGAGAGAGAAAAAAAAAAAAAAGAGAAGAAGGAACAAACAAGACAUGACUGGCAGCAAUGAAGUCAACCUUAAUGAAUCUAAGAGGGUUGUUCCACUCAAUACAUGGGUGCUUAUCUCCAAUUUCAAGCUGGCUUAUAAUCUACUAAGGCGUGCAGAUGGAACAUUCAAUCGAGAAUUGGACGAUUUUCUCGAUCGCAAGGUACCUGCCAAUACAAUUCCUGUUGAUGGGGUGUUCUCUUUUGAUCAUGUUGAUAAGAAAACUGGUCUCUUCAACCGGGUUUAUCAGCCGGCACCGGAGAAUGAUGCUAGGUGGGGCAUGAUAGAGUUGGAGAAGCCCUUGAGCACCACCGAGGUUGUGCCCGUCAUAAUCUUCUUCCAUGGUGGAAGCUUCUCUCAUUCAUCAGCUAAUAGUGCUAUCUAUGACACUUUCUGUCGCCGCCUUGUCAGCAAUUGUAAGGCUGUUGUGGUGUCUGUGAAUUACCGGCGAUCACCGGAGCAUAGGUAUCCGUGUGCAUAUGAAGAUGGCUGGGCUGCACUUAAGUGGGUCAAGUCAAGGGUAUGGCUUCAAAGUGGAAAGGAUUCCAAGGUUCAUGUGUACAUGGCCGGGGAUAGUUCUGGCGGUAACAUUGCUCAUCAUGUGGCAGUGAGGGCUGCCAAGGAAGAUGUCGAGAUUCUAGGUAACAUUCUUCUCCAUCCGUUGUUCGGUGGGGAGAAGAGGACGGAGUCAGAGAAGAAACUUGAUGGGAAGUACUUCGUGAAGUUGCAAGACCGCGAUUGGUAUUGGCGAGCCUUCCUUCCUGAAGGCGAAGACAGAGACCAUCCGGCUUGUAACCCAUUUGGUCCCCGGGGUAAGAGCAUCGCAGGACUAAAGUUCCCUAAGAGCCUAGUUUGUGUCGCGGGUUUGGAUCUUCUCCAAGAUUGGCAAUUGGAAUAUGUUGAAGGCCUCAAGAACAGUGGCCAGAAUGUGAAACUUCUUUACCUAAAAGAGGCCACAAUUGGAUUCUACUUCUUACCAAACAAUGAUCACUUCUAUUGCCUAAUGGAGGAGAUGAAGAAUUUCGUUAAUCCUAACUGUUAAUAUACUACCACCACUUUUAACCUUGCUCUACAGGAGGCCAUACAUAACUAUAAGCCUGACAUUUUCACUUUGAGUUUUUCUAUUUUUUAUUUCCUACUAUUUUUGUAUCCUACUUUAUAGUAGUGGUGUGUAGUUAUAUAUAAUUGUGUAGCAUUACUCACUGUUAUAACAUCUAUGGUGGUUGGUUCUGCUAAAGUACCAUAGUUUCGGGUCGUUUGCGGGGUUUCGCUGAAUCACCAUAUACAAGAUUACAAGCUUUGCCCCAUUUUAACCUUUUCAACCUCAAUAACAGGAGGGGAGAUCAGAACAUAGAAGAACAGGGCUUGGCUGUGAUGAUCACUUGAUAGAAGUGAAUACAUAUCUUUUGUUUGUAGCACUUAUUACUGAAUUGAUUUGGAGCAGCAGAACCCCAAAAUCCUGUUAUAGAACUUGUGUAUGUUAUAUAUAUAAUUAUAUAUCUAUAUACAUAUGUCUCCACUAGAGUUAUAUAAAUGCUUUUCUUUUUUUGUUUGUUU